AUGUACCGCUGGUACCAAGAAGCCGAAAUAUGUUACGCAUAUCUUGCCGAUGUGCCGUCUCGCGAGUUUUCGCAGAGCCGAUGGUUUACUAGAGGAUGGACCCUCCAGGAGCUUAUCGCUCCCUCGACAGUCAUCUUCUUCGACAAGGAAUGGGAAGUGAUAGGAACAAAGUCUGAGCUGGCAAGGCUUAUAUCCGACCGAACGCAAAUAUCCAUCGGUAUCCUUUCAGGAGGCGACAUUUGGAGCGCGAGCGUCGCGCAGAGGAUGUCAUGGGUUUCAAAGAGAAAGACGACGAGAAUUGAAGAUUUGGCAUACUGUCUAAUGGGUAUAUUUGACAUCCACAUGCCCAUGAUAUAUGGAGAAGGUGAAAGAGCUUUCAUCAGACUCCAGGAGCAGAUUAUGAAGACCUCGGACGAUUUCAGCCUCUUUGCCUGGAGAUCGACAGAAAACCACGGCGGGCUUCUAGCAACUUCCCCGGCUGCAUUUGACACGUCGCACAGCAUCGUCCGUUUAGGUCGCUCCGAUACCUUCAGCAGCCCCAUAUCCGUUGACAAUCAAGGUGUCCACCUGAAGCUCAGAUUUAUUCCUCAGUCGGAUUCCCCGACCUUGGGUCUCGCAGUCCUCAAUUGUACGCUGAUUGGAAGAGCGGAAACUCCAAUCGCAAUCUACCUCGAAACCACGGAUCCGACGAAGCAAUACUUCAGGAGGGUUCAGAGUGAGAGAUUGCACCUACUGGAUCAGCAUGAUUCUAGCUGGCCUGAGAUAGCCAUCUGCGUUCAACAACCUCAUGAGACUCCCAUGGGGAGAUCAAGGGAAGUGACAAGUUUUAGACAGAGACGGACAGGAACAACACCCCUGCUAUAUGCAGCCAAAAGAGGGCACAAAUCCACGGUGACGGAUUUGCUAAACUGGAGCGACGUGGAACCCAAUUCAAUGGACGAGACUGGGCGAACGGCAUUAUGGGUGGCGGCAGAGAACGGGCAUGAGGAGGUGGUCACGGUGCUACGAGAUCGAAUCGAUGUCAAGGCCGACUUAAAGGAUGCGAAUGGACGGAUGCCACUAUGGAUAGCGGCAUCCAACGGACAUGAGCAGGUAGUGAGGGCGCUACUGGAUCGAAUCGACGUUGAAGCCGACUCAAAGGACGCUGACGGAUGGACGCCAUUAGCGAUAGCGGCAUCCAAGGGGCACGAAGCGAUUGUCAAGAUGAUGGAGCAAAGAGGGCAGGCCUCGCAAACUCUCGCAUGCCCAUUCUCGAAGCAUUACCCUCACAAGAAGUGGCCUCGGUGCCAGAGAGGCUGGGAAUCGGUUCACCGGAUUAGGAAACAUAUCUACAGAGCCCACGCUCUAAGAAUCCACUGCGAUAGGUGCUUUAAGGAGUUCAAAGAAGAAACGGACCUUGAGCAACAUCGCCACGAAGCCAUACCUUGCCAAGUCAUCGAUGCUCCUAACGAUAGGAUUUGCAUUAAGGAAGAUAUCAUUAGGAAACUCCGGUCAAGAAAACGUGUGCGAAACGUCUCGACAGAGGAACGGUGGAAGCAGAUGUAUGCAAUCAUCUUCCCCGAUGUCAACGACAAGGACAUACCCACACCCUACUACCACCUACAUAUCACUGACAUCACUGACGAAAUGCGAGCCCAACAUCGGAGCUUCUUACGACGAGAGGUCCCUGAUAGAGUUAUCCGCGAGUUAGCCGCGAUGUUAAAUGAGAUGCCAGAGUUUCGGGAUGAUUUGCGUUGCUCAGAGGGGCAGCUUUCAGAAAUUAUACAUCGAUCGGUUUGGGACACUUUCGAUACUAUCUUCCCCAGUCCCCCGCAGCCUACGGCGCCCCCAGAAGCACCUCACGACGAUAUGUCAGACUGA